AUGAAGACAUCGAGAGUUCACUUGCAGGCACUUUACGUCAUCAGUUUUGCGGUACAUGUUGUGUUGGUAUGUGGCCAGGAAAGAAGCGACUCUGAUUACAACCAGCUAGAGGCUGCCAGAUUUCUAACACUCAGCAAUGAGGUCAGGAGACAGGCUGGGAAACCCCCGAUGGACUGGAAUGAGCUGCUGGCAAGUAAAGCACAGAUACUACUAGACACCUGCAGAUGGAGUUCAGGUUUCAUAACUCCAGGAACAGUAAUGUAUCAAGGACAAAGCAACUCGCCAGACGAUAGGGGUCCAGAGCGGGUGAUGCAGACAAUCAUGAGAGAGACACCUCGCACAAUUGGAGCACACAGAGAAAUCUGCUGUAGGGGCUUACACAGACCCUGCUGUCGUUACGAAAAGAUGAUGUCCACAGAGUUCACAUCGGUUGGCUGUGCACAAAGAAUGUGUAACUUUACUGUAACUAGGAUUACAUUUCCCAAUGUUUACAUGUUUGCUUGCUUCUACACUAGCAGUGAGGACGAAGACCAGUGA